UCCCACGCAAAUUUCCAUCCCCACCCUUUCAUUCCCCCACGCAUCACAACUCACCCCCUCGCCCUCCCCUCGCCCUGGCCGCCGGCGAUGAGCGCGAAGCAGCUCUGCGACGCCCUGGCCGCCGCCGGGUUCGACAGCGACGUCCCGCUCGACCCGGAGAGCCUCGAGUCGGCGUUCCUCCAGGGGGACGACUCGCGCCGGAUGCUCGCGUGGGUCUGCGCCCGGCUCCGCCCCGCCAACGUCCUCUCCGCCACCGACCUUGCGCUGUAUGAGCAGCUUGAAAUGGAAGGGAAGUUAUUGGAGGGGGAGGACUUGGAUUUCGCCUUUGACAGCAUUUCAGCCUUCUCAGAUAAUGGAGAGAACAAGGAAGAUACAUUUUUUUGGGAAGAAAGUCUCGAAGACAUUCGCGACUCAAAGCAUGCACUUAGAGCUGAAGUUGCUGAUUUGGAAAAGCAGCUUGCUUCUCUGGAGUGGAAGCUUGAUUUACUUACAGCACAAGCUACCACCAUUACCCAGGGAAAGAAGUCCCGUUCAUCUGCUAAAACUUGCGCUAACAGACAACUUACUGGUUUAGAUGAGAAACUUUCUAAGAGAAGUUUAGAGAUGAAUGCAGUUCUUGGAAAACUUGCUGCAACCACCCAGGAGGUGUCUUAUUACCACUCAGAAGCUGAUAUUGGGGUCUACCUGUCAUACUGUGAUUUCCAGUCUUAUGUAAGCAAUAACUUGGCUUGUACCAAGGAACUAAACAAAUGGUUCUCUAGGAAGUUUGAGAAGGGACCACUCCAGCUUGUUGUCAAAGAAGACACGUCAAGAGGAGAUUCUGUGAACUCUCAUCAUUUCAUUGUUGAACUGAACCGAAUUAAUUCCAUAUUUGCUAAAAGUAAGAGACAGUACAUAGAAGCACAAAUAGAAUAUGCUAAAGAGGAGGCUAUUCUAUCAAAGCUGAGAACUCAAUUGGCAUCCCAACAGCCAUAUAUUCAUCAGGAUAGCCAUUCUCUAAGGAGGAAAAACUCUGAACUUGCUGAAGAACUUAAAGAUCUUUCCCUUCAAAUGCAGAAAUGCUUAUCUGAGACUAUUACAGGCCUGUGUGCGGACCUUGCUCUACUUGAGGGCGCAAAUAUUUUGCAAGGAGAUCACAAGUUGAAGCUUAUGCGCCAGGAAUGCUACAUAAGCCAUCAGAAGAAGUUCAUCAAUCAUCUGGUCAAUCAGCUUGUUGCUCAUCAGUUUCUGAAGAUAGCCUGCCAGCUCGAAAAACGGACAAAAAUAUCAAGUGCCUAUUCGUUGCUGAAAGCUAUAGAAUUGGAAUUGCAGAGCUACUUAUCAGUUGUCAAUGGCCGCCUGGAUCGAUAUCAUUCAAUUGAUCAAGCUGCAUCUGAAAUGUUUGAAGAAGGAUCUGUUGAUGACCGUGAUUCUUUUCUCCAUGCUGUGAGGGAUAUACUUAGCAGUCACUCAAGUUCUCAAGCAGUGCCACCAACAUAUGUCUCAUCAUAUGGUUUGAUCGAACAGAUAUCAGAGCUGCAAGAUGAACUCCACUAUCUUCAGCAUGAGGUUGAAAACGUUCUUCCACGUGAGCGAGGAAGAUGCGUUGACGAACUAUGCGGGAUGAUCCAGACAGUUGAGCAAAUUCUCUCUGUGCCCCUUUCAGAUGAGCAACCAAAACUGACACCAUGGCCUCUGGUGCAAUCGCUUCAAGAGCUGGAAAUAAUCAGCCAACAAGUCUCGGGUUCUGUUAAUGAAGUGACAGUGGCUCGAAAUGAAAAUGCAGAGAUCUUAAAACAGUCUUCACGCAACACGCAUCAGGAAAGGCGGGUGUUUGUCGAUUUCUUCUGCCACCCACGACGACUUGAAAAUCAAGUCAAAGAGUUGGUUUCUCGCGUUAGAGCUCUACCUGAGUAGUCUAGGUUUGGUUUGCCAAGGUCGGUGGACAAAAUUUUACCUCUGGUUCUCAAACCAGCAUCGGUAUCUCAUUGCCAAGUUCGUUUGUUUUUGUCAGGGUUUGGACGACUGGAAGUGCAGUCGUCUGCAAUCGUAUAUCCUCUUUCCGCUAUAGCAUCCAUACAAAUACAUGAACCAUAGUUUUACGAUAAAAAGAUAAGACGCUGAUGCUCGGCCUUACUGCUUAAUUCAUAUUUGUGACAAUUCCCUUUCUUACUGGCCGGAACUAUUUCUCUUCAAAGGUGAAUUCAUUUUUGUUACUGUGUUAUUUUGAGAAUAAAUUUCUGUAGUGUCUCUGUUACUA